AUGGGUCAGCUGCCUGCAACCAGAGUUUCACCAUCCAGAGCAUUUCUCCACACAGGGGUGGAUUAUGCAGGUCCAUUCCAGAUCCUGAAGUGGAGACCAACGAAUGCACAGCCAGGACAGGUGCACAUUGCAGUUUUUGUGUGCUUCACAACUUCAGCAGUUCACCUAGAACUCGUCAACAGGCAGACCACGGAAGCCUUCCUAGGAGCCUACAAGAGAUUCACCGGAAGACGGGGCAUUCCAGCUGUCAUGUACAGUGACAAUGCCACCACGUUCACCAGCGCAGCAGAAGUUCUAGAAAGGCUCUAUCACCAAGCUUCCAGAGAAAAUCAACGAAUUCAGGUUGCUCUCGCCACCAAUGGGACACAAUGGAGCUUCUCACCACCUAGAGCCUCUCAUUUUGGUGGCAAAUGGGAAGCAGCCGUGAAAUCAACAAAAUAUCACCUCAAAAGAGUCCUGGGAAAGACAACACUAACGUUUGAGGAACUCAACACCAUAGUGAUCCAGAUAGAGGCCUGUCUAAACUCCAGGCCAAUCUGUCCGAUGUCGGACGACCCAGAAGAUCUCCAAGUGCUCACACCAGGACAUUUUUUGAUAGGUGAGCCUCUCCAUGUAAUGCCAGAGUCUUCAUACGUCAACGAGAACCCCAGCAAAAUUCGACGAUGGAACCUGGUGACGCAGAUAAUUCACCAGUUCUGGUCCAGGUGGUCCAAAGAGUGUCUUCAAUGGUACCAGUCAAUCUACAAGGGGAAGACACGUCAACAGAACAUAGAGGUUGGCAAUAUGGCGCUGAUGAUGGAAGACAGCUUUCCACCAACGCAGUGGCUAAUUGCCAGAGUCAUAGCAACGAAACCAGGAGCAGAUGGGCUUACAAGGCUAGCCAAAGUGAGAAUCACCAAGGUAGAAGUCGGCACGCAUCCAGACGGGUCACCAAACCUCCAGAACAUCAAAACGACCCACUCGGAGUUUGAUCGACCAAUCGCCAAGCUCUGUCUGUUGCCAACAGACCCACCACCACCAGAACAGCCUCCAGAAGAAGAUCAACCAGAGGACGAAGAAGACCAACAGAACGACAACCAGUAA